AUGCCUGGCAACGGCAAAUCUCCCGUUCCUCUGGCUGCUGCACAGUUGGCUUGUCGCAAACGAAAGGCCCACAGGAAGUCAAGACUAGGUUGUCGGAACUGCAAAUUGCGAAGAGUAAAAUGCGACGAGAAGAAGCCGCUGUGCGAGAAGUGUCUCGAGUUUGGUGUUGUGUGCAACUAUGACCCUAGCAUACCAGACCUUCAACCGCGGACUGGUGCUGCAGAGGUCGGCCGCAUCGAGGCCACCCUCCAAAGGUCUCCGACCUCAUCAAACAGACCUAUUCUUGAGAUGAUCAAUGCGUCGCUUCGAGAAGACACAAGUCUUCCUCUGGGAAUAUACCCAAUGAAGCAAAUGGACUAUUCAGAUCUGGCCCGUUUGGAGAGAUUCCAAUCCCACACAGUUCUCACUGUGGGAGCCAAAUCGACUUCGCUUUAUUUCAAGAAUGAACUGGUUCCGCUGGCCUGUUCUCACCUCUUCCUGAUGCAUCUGAUCCAAUCAGUGACUGCAGCCCAUGACCGUUUCCUGUCGCGAGCAGCCACGUCCAAACCAAGUCAAUCCGAAGCCUACCAUAUGAGCAAAGCGGUGCGGGCAUUUCAGUACAAGCUCUCUCAUCCCAUACGGGAUGAAGAUGGUGAUGCACUACUGGGUGCAGCCGCUCUCCUUGGGGUAUCGGCUUUCUUUGGCUUAGAAGCAAGCUCGGUUGAAGAUGUCUGGCCCUUCGUAGACGACGACUUGGGCUGGCUGAAGCUCAGUGAUGGAAAAAAGGCCGUAUGGAAGAUGGUGAGCCCAUUACGCGUCGACAGCAUAUGGCAACAUCUAGGCAAUGCAAUUGCCCCGCAGAUGGACAGAGACCACCGACCCUCCGUAUUCGACCAUCUCUACUGUGACGAUCUCGAUAGUGAUGGCGCUCCUUCGACAGCACUCAACCCCUAUCGGAACACUGCACAGUCGCUGGCGCCGUUGCUUGACCUUGAUUACAAUGAUUCGACAUGGCCCAGAUUCAUUUCUUUCAUCUGCUAUGUCGACCCGUAUUACAAGGCGUUGCUGGAGAUCAAAGAUCCUUGGGCAAUGCUCAUGCUCGCAUACUGGUAUGUGAAGGUUUGUCGAGGGCCGUGGUGGAUCUGUACUCGGGCCAUUCUUCAAGGCCAGGCAAUAGUGGCAUACCUGGAACGACACUGUUCCGACGACACCAAGUUACAAGAAGCCAUCAAGUAUCCAAGGGAUGAAUUGGCCCUGGCGCAGAAGGAGGGCUGGGGUGGAUUUUGA